AACAACCAAACGGGUCGGUGAACCUUGACCAGGAGACCAAGAAACAAGGAAAAAACGGCGAAGAAUCACAAAGUGUGUCUGUGGAACGUGUAAUUUAAAUAGAAAAUAUGUCCUUAGCAUCACUACGCUACGCCCCCCGAGUAUUGCUCUCGCAGCCGGUUAGGACACUGUCGACCAGCAACGCACUGCACAGGGACGAAUCAUCAUGGCUGAGCAAACUGAUGGUUCGCAAGAUCGAACCGACGAAAAACUCCCACAGUCGGAUGCUCAGCGAAAAGUUCGAAAUCUAUGAGCUGCACACGCACAACGUUCGGCCUGAUUCGGUCGGAAAAUAUUUGGAAAAUUACAAAAACACUGUUCAAAUCGUACAAUCAAAGGGCAACCUCUCGAUGGAGUUGAUAGGGUCCUGGAACGUGGAGGUAGGCGAUCUGGAUCAGUGUCUACACCUGUGGCGCUACACUGGCGGCUUCGAGAUGGUCGAUCAAGCAAAGCGAGAGCUCGGCAGCGACAAGAACUACGUGCAAUUGAUGCAGGAACGGGGCACCUUCCUACGUUCCCGUCAUCUCCAGUACCUGUUGGCCUUUAGCUACUGGCCGCAGCUGCAACUGCGGGAGGGUAAAAACAUCUACGAAAUCCGUUCCUACCGGUUGAAACCGGGCACCAUGAUCGAGUGGGGCAACAAUUGGGCCCGGGCCAUUAACCAUCGCCAAAACAACAACGAAGCCUUCGCGGGAUACUUUUCGCAAAUAGGACGCCUUUACAAUGUGCAUCAUAUUUGGUGCUACAAGGACCUGCAAGGCAGAAAGGAGACCCGUGAAUCGGCAUGGCGAUCGCCGGGAUGGGACGAAUGUGUCGCCUAUACCGUGCCGCUGAUCCGCGAAAUGCACUGUCGCAUUCUGGCCCCGACCGAGUUUUCCCCGACCCAGUAAAAGUGAGACGAGUGUUGUCUUGUUUUAGCAGUCUACUUCUGCGACCGGAUCAGAAAAACGAGCCGUUGAAAAGCCGUUGCGUUCGUUGGGUGUAGUGCAUUUGAUGGCAUUUUUUAAUAUUGCUUUUUCCCUCAUCAACAUGCAUUUUCUUUUUCUAAAUUUUGGGCAAAGGCCUUGCAUUAGAGAAAGUUUUAUAGUGUCAUGGCGGCGGCUAGAAUACGCAAAUGCUAGGCAUGUCGCUAGGAUCAUGCAACGAUGCGUUACAUAUGAUUGAUUUUGAUAUAAUUUUUUUGUUAACUA